GUGAGGGCAGAAUUGGCAGAAGACAGCUGGGAGAGAGGACCUAAUCCUAAUAAUAGAAUGAGUGUCCCGGAUUAUAUGCAGUGUGCCGAGGACCAUCAGACCCUCCUCGUGGUGGUCCAGUUUGUGGGGGUGGUGAAGAACGACAACUUUUUCAAGAUCUACAAGCAUAUCUCAUCCGUGUCUCAGGUGAACGUCAGCAACUCCCAGCGGGCCCUCUACAUCCGCUACCGCCACCAGUAUUGCGUAGAGAACAACGACUGGGGCGACUUCCAGACGCACCGCAAAGUGGUCGGGCUUAUAUGCAUCGCGGAAUGCAGCUCCCCUAAGGAGCUCCCCCACACCUUCCUGAAGUUUGACCAGCACAAGGAAGCCUACAGCUCCACACUCUACGAUUCCCGCCUCUUCGUCUUCGGGCUGCGGGAAGAGGUGGCGGACCAGCAGCGCAUCGACGUGGCCUUCUACCCCAGCUACGAAGACUGUGAGGCGGUGGAGAAGCGCGUGGAGGAUUUUAUCGAGUCUCUCUUCAUUGUCCUGGAGUGUAAGCGGCUGGACAGGACCAGUGAAAAGUCCGGGGAAAAGAUCCCGCUACUCUAUGUCCCGUAUGAGAAGAAGGACUUUGUAGGGCUUGAUCCAGAUAGCAGACAUUACAAAAAGCGGUGCCAGGGACGCAUGCGGAAGCACGUGGGUGACCUCAGCCUGCAGGCCGGGAUGCUCCAGGACGCCCUGGUCCAUUAUCACAUGGCCGUCGAGCUGUUACGGGCCGUCAAUGACUUUGUGUGGCUGGGAGCUGCAUUGGAGGGUCUGUGUUCUGCAUCAGUCAUCCACCAUUAUCCGGGGGGUACAGGAGGCAAGACGGGAACCCGACGCCCGCAGAAUAUUUCCCUCUCUGUGGAGGCCAGUAAGAGGCACAGGCCAGGAGGUCAGGAAGUGCUGAUUGACCCCGGUGCCCUGUCCACCAACGGGAUCAAUAUGGAUGCCAGCAUGGAGAUCGGGCGAGCCAAAAACUGUCUGAACCCGGAUGACAUUAUAGAAAAGUACAAAGAAGCAAUCUCUUACUAUGGGAAGUCUAAGGCAGCAGGAGUCGUUGAGCUGGAAGCCUGUGUGAAGGCCGUCCGUGUCUUGGCCAUACAGAAGAAAAGCAUGGAGGCCUCAGAGUUUCUACAGAAUGUUGUCUACAUCAACCUGCGCCAGCUGUCUGAAGAGGAGAAGAUUCAGAGGUACAGCGUCCUGUCCGAGCUGUAUGAGGUCAUCGGCUUCCACCGCAAGUCCGCCUUCUUCAAGAGGGUGGCAGCCAUGCAGUGUGUGGCCCCUACUAUCCCGGAGCCCGGCUGGAAAGCUUGUUACAAACUCUUACUGGAGACUUUGCCUGGAUACAGCUUAUCUUUGGACCCCAAAGACUUCAGCAAAGGUGCGCACAGAGGAUGGGCCGCUGUGCAGAUGCGUUUACUCCACGAGCUUGUGUACGCUUCUCGAAGGAUGGGGAACCCCACCUUAUGUGUCCGCCAUCUCUCCUUCCUGCUGCAGACCAUGCUGGACUUCCUGUCCGACCAAGAGAAGAAAGAUGUUGCGCAGAGCCUGGAGAGCUAUACCUCAAAAUGUGCUGGCACCAUGGAGCCCAUCCAGCUACCAGAGGGUUUAACGCUGCCCCCUGUGCCCUUCACCAAGCUGCCCAUUGUGAGGUCUGUGAAACUUCUUAACCUUCCAGUUAUCCUGCGACCCCGGAAAGUGAAAAACCUGCUGGGCCAGAAAUUGUCUACAAAGAGCCCAUUUAUAUACUCGCCCAUCAUCGCUCAUAACCGCACCGAGGAGAAGAGCAAAAAGAUCGACUUCCAGUGGGUACAGGGAGAUGUGUGUGAAGUUCAGUUGAUGGUUUACAAUCCUAUGCCCUUCGAACUACGGGUAGAGACCAUGGGUCUUCUGACCAGUGGCGUGGAGUUCGAGUCCCUCCCGGCCGCGCUGUCACUACCUGCGGAGUCCGGCCUCUAUCCAGUAACGUUAGUGGGCGUACCUAGAACCACCGGCCAGAUAACUGUCAAUGGUUAUCACACAUCUGUAUUUGGAGUGUACAGCGACUGUCUUCUUGACAACCUUCCGGAAUUGAAGAACAAUGGAUGUACAGUUGACGUGAUCCCAGCUCUGCCCCGCCUACAGAUCAGCACGUCGCUCCCCAGGUCAGCUCACGCUUUGCAGCCAUCCAACGAUGAUGUGUCCACCCACGUAUCUGUCCAGCUCUACAACGGAGAGACACAAAAGGUUCUCAUAAAACUGGAGAACAUUGGCACCGAGCCGCUGGAGACUCUGGAGGUGUCCUCCAAGAUUGUCAAUAAUAAAGAUAAAUUGUACGGUGAUUUCCUGACGUGGGAUCUGGAGCAGACGCUCGCUCAGCUGCCACUGAAGCCGGGAAAAACGGCCACUUUCACCAUCUACAUCAAAGUGAAACUUGACUUCUCGUGCCAGGAAAAUCUCUUGCAGGAUCUCAAUGAUGAUGGCAUCAGUGUCAGUGGUCUACCGGUCUCCAGUCCCUUCCGACACAUUGUCAAACCCAGGGCCGAAACAAAACCCUUUAACCCACCGGAGAGCAGCAAGUCUAGUGAUUUCAGCCAUGUAAAGACUCUGGAAGGGAUUCUGAACUUUAAGUACUCCGGAGGUCCAGGUCAUGUUGAAGGGUAUUACCGGAACCUGUCCCUUGGGUUGCACGUGGAUGUAGAACCCUCGGUUUUCUUCACCCGUGUCAGCACACUUCCUGCUACAAGCACAAGGCAGUGCCAUCUCCUCCUUGACGUGUUCAACUCCACUGAACAUGAGCUGACCAUCAGCGCCAAGGACAAUGAGGAACUCAUCCUGCAUGCUGGAGAAUGUCAGCGGUAA